UGAAUGGCCAAGUGGUAAUUAUGGUCUUCCUAGAUUUAAAUCAGGAUGUCCAGGUGGUCAGGAGAAUGGGUGGCGUGAGGGCUGGAUUUUUCAGGAUAUGGAAAACAGUGAUAAGAGUAGCAGUAGUCGGUCAAGAGUGUCUAGUGGGUCACAUAUGGAUGUCACAUUAGUUGGAAAUAAAAAUGAUGUAAACAGGACAUUCUGCAUGAAACAAAAUACUGGAACACAAACAAGGUUUUGGCCUAAAGGUAAGAUUCUCUAUAUGCAUAUUCUGACAACCUAUAUGAAACAGCCAUGCAAGGGCUCAUCCAAUAAUUGCUUAUUAUUAAUUGGGCAACUGAGUGGCAUUUUCGAAACAAUGAAAACACAAAACGAAACACAUUUCUCAUGCCUUCAGAACUAAUGUUAUAAUAAUAUCUCUAUUCCUCAUGCCAUCAAAAUAAUAUUUUUUAAAUCAAAAUGAUUUCCUUAUGUUGCAAGAUGGCCGGACAUUUUGCCGAAAGACAUUUUGCCGAACGGACGUUUUGCCGAAAAACCUUUUUGCCGAAUGGACAUUUUGCCGAAAAUAGAGAUGUUAUUUCGUCAAAAUGUCUGGGACUGUGACUCAUUUCUCAACUGUGUAAUUCUCAACCAUUGUGUAAAAUAACCAUUAUAUAUGGUCAUUAGCAGUGCAUUAUGGUCAUAAAGGCUGAUUUCCACUGUUGCGUUUUUCGUAUACGCACGUACACGCACGUAAAACUUUGAAUCCUUCUAUUUUUAAAUAUUUUACAAAUAAGUUUUACACAUGCAUACUAAAACUUGCGGAACACUAAAUUAUGUUGCUUUAUUUAUUUGGUUAUUUCAUUUAAAUUAAGUUUUACGUGCGUAUACGUACGUAUGAAAAACGCAACAGUGGAAAUCAGCCUUUAGCGGUAUACAAAGACAACGACAUAAGCGAAUUUCAGUUCGAGAAUCAUGGAAUACAUUCAUAGUUCUCGGGGAAAUCGCAUUCAUGAAUGAUGUUGAAUGAACUGUAACCGGGUAAGCGAACCUUUAAAGUUCAGAAGAUAUCUCUAUUUUCGGAAAGUUGUCCGUUCGUCAAAAUGUCCGGGUACCAUGUUGUAUAUGGUUUUUUGAAUGAUUUCCCAUCAAAAAAGUAUUUUUAUUUUGACAGGUUCAUAUUGUAUUUACCAGAAUCAAGGGUGUCCGAAAGAUAUGAAAUCAGGCGCGGUCUACUGGGAUGAUGAAAAUGAUUACAACAGAAAUAUAAACGGAGGAUUUCUACCGUAUGGUACACAAGAUCAAAAUACCGCGAUAUACUAUUGUUGUCAAACUGAUGGUAACUGGUAUGAUUCAAUUGAACUGCCAGUCAGUGAACCAUUUCAUUUACUAACAUCUAGCUCCACUGACACUCCUAAAUGUCAGAUGGUGAAGUGGGCACUUAGUUACUUGGAGUAUAUUGUGUUUGAUACAGAAGAUACCAAUAAUAGAGAUGCCCAGAAAGAUGUACAUUUGUUUUUGGAUGGAGAAAAGAAAUACUAUUGUUACUAUGAAGGUACGUUAAUAUAACUCAGUUCGUCAACUGAACAUUCAAAGAUUUAAAAUGUACAUUUCAAAGUAUUCGACUGUUUAAUAAUCUUUUAUGACAUAUGCUAACUAUUUAAACACUGUCUGAAUUGAUUGUGCAUGCAUUUUUGGGCAGAGCUCAUAUUGAAGGCUGAUAAGUGUCUAGUAUUAACUCAGGUUGAAAUUCUUUGGCUCUGAGAUUAUGAAAUAAAUUUGAAUCAGAAAAAUGAGUGAUGGCGUGGAGAACAGUUGGAUUUUCAAAACAGUGAAAAGACGAUGGAAGUAUGGAACAUUCCAAUUACUGGAUCAUACUUUACUGGACAGCACUAAUAUUACGAUAAAUUAUACGAGCAAACUGCCUGGAUUUUAUUUUUGCCUUUGAUUUUUAAGAUCCUUUAAUUCUAUUUCAGAGUGCCACCGUACAAUGACUGGUCUUAGUGGUUCAUUUAGAUCACAUAAGGCUGCAGUUAAUGAGAUGGAUCCACGCUCGCAAUAUUGUUCCUGGUUAAUUACGCUUGCUGAAACAUACAACGUUUCAUUGAGCUUUAAAGAGCUGACCAUACCAAGUUGUAAAGAUACCUUUCUAAGAAUAUAUGAUGGUUCAAAUAACACAGCUCCGUUGCUUGGCACAUAUUGCGGUUCAAAUGCAAGCACAGAAAUUGUAGUUUUAUCAUCCACAAAUAAUUUAUACAUCGUGUCAAAUUCUGGAAGUUAUGCAAGAAGUGCUAAAAAUACUUUUACUUUUCAUGCACAAUACAAUGCUGAAAAUUUGACAGGUUAGUAUGGUUGUAUAUGUAAUAAAUUGAUAAUUCUAACGUUAUCAACCAGUGGUCGUAUACCAAAUAAUAAUAUUGCUCGGAUUUUGGAUCUUAUUACUCGUGGAUUCCAGAUCCUGACUGGUAGAUUCUGCAUCUUCACUUGUGGAUUGCGAUUUCCAUCCUCAUAAAAGUCGAUGGAUUCAUUUAUCUGGAUUCUGGAUUCAGUGCACUGGAUUCCGGAUUCCAAAACGCAAAUUUGGAUAACUGGUCCUUACAUACAGAGUGAUCAUAUUAUCUCACUAUCCGUUUCCUGUGGGUAAACCGAUAUAUAGUGGGUGGGUAGUAGAUUUUUGAUCGUAUAGAAUAGUGAAAAUGGAGUCGUUGCUCAUCCUUUAGUUGAUGCCAGGUCUAAGUUAUAACGUUUGUUUACGCUUUUAGAAUUUCAACCUAGUAAACUGCCUUCAGUGGGUAAUAAUGGAAGUUCUGUUUCUAAAACGGUGACAAUAUCUGCCAUUUCUACUACACCUGCCAUUUUACCAUUAUGUUGCUCCGAAGGCGAAGGCAAGUGAGGUUUUGCUUAAUUACAUUGGGAUGUAUUGUAGGAAGUUAUUCUUUAUCUGUUAGCAGUGUCGCGUUAAUUAAGUUGUCUUAUCAUUUUGAGUUGGUUACUAUAGAGAUAAAAUAACUAUAAUAUUUUCUUAUCCUUAUUCAGUCAAGGAAAAAACAGACAGCAGAAUCAUUAUCAUAGUGGCAACAGCAGGUGGCUUUGUAUUUCUUUGCAUCGUGCUUAUUGUCUUAUUGAUAACAUACAAGCACCGGAAGCGGGCUCCGAAAUUUUCAACUCCUGUCAAUAUUCCACUGACAGACGCAAUUCCACAAGAAUCAUUGCCCAUUGAUCAGG